CUGGAAAUGAGUAGGAGCCUGAGCUGGUCUGACCAGAUUGAUAUGCUUUUGCGUGCAACUGAUGGGCAUGUGGCCCGCAUUAAGCAGAGGCUGUAUCCCCUUGGGGUCUCCACCUCAGGGGACCUGGCUGGAUCCUGGAUUUCCUCUCAUCACUUGUCUCCGCAGUCAGAAGACCAAGCUCAACAGCCUUGGGCUCUAGAGACCCCCACUGUCCCAGAGAGUCUAAACUGGGCUGAGACCUAUAGCCCAACCUCUCUCUGGAAUGAAGUUACUAUUCUCUGAUUGGAGGUUCAAUCUCAGGCUCAGGUAACUAAGGCACUAAGGAAGACUGUUCAGAGAUUGCUGGAAGAGCAAGAGCAACAGAUGUCCAAGAUCAGUGCUCUGGAAGCAUCACUAAGGUUGCUGCAGGGGGGCCCAGAAGGUCGAGUUCUUCUCCUGGAACAACACCUGGAGGGRCUGAGAAGGGAACUGCAAAGCCUUCGGAAUCAGGUAUGGGAGCAGGCCCAAGCCCAAGUCCAAAUGAAAAAAAUACCAGGAAACUACAGUUCUACCAGUGGCUUUCACCAUGAGCUCCAAACUGAGCAGCAAAUACUGUGGAAAGAGUCAGAGAUUUUGCGAGAGGAACUGAAGUUGCUUCGGAACCAGCUGAGCCAGCACCAGGAGCUGCUGCUGAAGCAGAUGACUGAGGGGCAGCAGGCUCAAACCCACAGCUGGAAGAUGUUGGAAAAGCUGCAAAGUGGCCAGGAGAACAAGAGUCACACCCUGGAGGCUGCCAGGACAGAGUCCCWGGAUGCCCAGCAGGAGCAUAAUUUCCUCAGGACUUCCUUUGAUGUCUUCCAAUCUAAGCUGCCCCUGGCCUUCACUUUCACCAAGUCUCUUUGUUCAGCUAGCUCUGAAGUCAGUCUUCUAGACAGUAACAGUAACUGGGAACUUUUAAGGAAAUUAGAGGAGCAUCAUUUUCAACCUGAUGCUGAGCGUCUCUCAACUCCAUGCUCAGGGAAUCUUGAGCAAGCGAACCUAUCCCUUCAGGGUCCCAAGAUACUUCUGAGUGACUUGUAAUGACUUUUUUGAAAAUAGUGAGAUGAAGGCUUUUUUUGCCCAUCCUCCC